UGUUAUUAGUGAUGUAUUUUUUAAGAAGCAAUAAUUGGGGACGCGGGUUGAAGCCGAGGGUUUAAUGUUUCUUUUUCAGUUGUUUAGUUUUUCCUUUCUUUUGCUUCACUGGAGGGCGGGGCAGGAGAAAACGUGAGACGGAUUUGAAGAUUAGGGUUUUAAUAGAACAGAGAGGUAUCUGUAGAUUUUAUUGCUUCUGUUCUUUCUGUGUAAAGAUUUGCAGGGUUUUGUGUGCUAGGUCUUUUUAAAAUACAAUUUGAUCAGAAAGGAAGGGAAGUGAUCAGAGAUUGGUGGGAAAGUGAAAGGAAAUGGAAGCAAUACAGAAUAAAAUUUUUUAAUGCCGGAAAAAGGAUAAGAGCAAACAAUCAGUUCAAUAUCUGGUCUAGUUUGUGUACUGAUGAUAGACGGUCUUCAUUCCUCCUAGUUCAAAGUUAUUGAACCUGGGUGGCUUGGCCUCUUUCUUUAUUUGGUGCUUCAGGGUAAUUGAACCCUGGUGGCUCGCACCUGGCUGCCUUCUUGAUUUGAGACUUCUGGAGAAUUGAGCCUUGGUGGGAUUUUUGUGAGCAGAAUUUGGGAUUCUGGUAAAGUAGUUCAUUUCAUGUUUGUGAAGAGCAAUCGGGUCGGGGUGUCGUCUUUCGACUUAAUCUUAAAUUGGUCGAGAAGUGCGUGGGAUUUCUUUUUGCAAAGGCGGCCUUGAAAUGUCCUUACGAAGCUGGUGAAUAUUGGGGAGAUAUUGGUCGGUUGCGAUUAAAUGCUCUUGCCAGUUGUAGUUUCAUGGCGCAUGUUGGGAAGAUAACAGUUAGCCACAUCAAGUGCUUUUAAAUUCUUGCGAACUGUGUAAACAUUAGUUAAGUGCGCUCUGGGGCAUAUCCCGUGGAGUGCAUUUAAGAUAUACGGUUAAAUUCUUUUGGCCAUAUUGUUCCAUCCUGUUGUGGGAAUGGAUAGAAAGCAGCGAUCUCCUUGAUCAUUAUAUCCUGUGGUUCAGGGAUAAUAGUUAAUUGUUUUUGUCCAAAGUAUCUUGUACCUUGGUGCUCACUGGAACAGAACGGGUAGGUAUUUAGCCAUCAUAUUCUGUGUUACUUCUUGGGAACAUACAGGUUGUUGUUUAGCCACCGUAUCCCGCAGAGCAUUCUUGGGUGAUAACAGUUAGGUGCUUCUGGCCAAAUUUUAAGGGGUUUCAAGAAUGGAGGGAGGAAACAACAGCCGACCACGGCGAAUUACGUCUGGGUUGAGGAGGGCAGAGCUCUUGUUGGGUGCUGCUGCUGCAGAGCCUGCCGUUUCCAAUGGUGGAAUUGAACUGAAUGAAACGGAUGUAGUUUGGGCAGGGGAUUAUGAAGAAGAAUCUACCAAGAACAAGGAAAAGGAAGUGCCUCCCUGGCAGACUGUAAUGGGCUCUCCGGCAAUCCCAUUACAAUCAGGUGUCAAAGAAAAUGGCAGGAGAAGGCUCCGGAGGGGCAUAGAACAUGGAACUGCAGGUUUGUCAGCUGUACUGGAUGAUGGCAACCGAGCACUGGGUAGGUCAAGCCUUCUUGGUAAGAAGCCAUUAACUGCUGCUGCAAAUUUUGGUCAGUCUACUGCAAGGAUAAUUAUUCCAUCCAUGGGACCCAACUCAAAAGGCUCAAAUGAGGAGUAUUCGGUCUCUGCACACAAGUAUCACCAGUCUGCACCUGUGAAUGUGCCCCAGUGGUCGAAGACCAACCAUGAGUUAACCAAACCCCAAGGUGGUGCAAUACCUGGGUUGGCAGAAGGGACCGAGGUGGAUGAUGAUGAUGAUGAUAAGGAUGAAGAGAGGCUGCCCCCACAUGAGAUUUUGGCUCGUGAUAAUGCAAGAAGCCAUAUGACCACCUUUUCUGUCUAUGAGGGCUUGGGGCGGACACUCAAAGGACGUGAUCUAAGACGGGUGCGCAAUGCGGUUUGGCGGAAAACGGGUUUUCUCGAUUGAUUCCUUUUUCUUCCCUUUUUUGAAUCCCCAAUUAAUCACAAUGCUUAAAAUUCUAGUUCUGAUUUUUUUUUUUUUUUUAAUUUUUAAAGAAUUAUUUCUUCCCACAGAGAUUUGAAACUGUAACUACUGGAUAGGUUUAUAUGCAUGUUGGUUUUAUAAGAUGGGAAAUUUAGCAGGGACAUUGUUUAGUUCUCUUCAAAUUCCUAUGCUUUUUGGGUGCAAAAUCACUUCAUCUACAAAUGUGGUUUCUAUCUGCUGGACUUUUCUUUGUAAAAAAAAUUCUUGUAUCUUAAUGUCAUUGUUGAAUUGUACAUUUCUUUCUUUA